AGAUUGACAAACAUAAAGAAGGACGAGUUCAAGAACCUCACCCAACUUCUGCACUUGCGCUUGGAUGACAAUCAGAUAUCUUAUAUACAAGGUGGAUCGUUCCUACCUCUUAACAACCUUCAAGUCUUACUUCUGGACAGCAAUCAUCUGAAGAGUUUUGAUUCAAACAUGGCUGAGGGUCUAGGUGUUGAAUCAUCGUCGUUGUAUAUCAGCUUGCAAGACAAUGGAUUGACCCGUUUAAGCCCUUAUACGUUCAGUCGAGUGGGCAGUCCUGUAAACAUAGAGUUAUCCAACAACACACUGUCUACAAUCCCUUCCAAACUCUUCUACGAAUAUGGCAAGAAAAAAGAGAUACAUGAAAUAAACUUCAGCAACAACAACAUUUCAGAGAUAGCGCCCGAUGCUUUCUUAGGAGUGAGCUCCAUUGCAUCAAUAUAUUUGGGUAUCAAUAAGAUAUCGUCACUUCCCGAGGACUUGUUUGACAACAUAACGAUACUUCACACGUUAGACUUGUCUAAAAAUAAUCUUUCUUCGUUUCCGGCGGAACUUCUGAAGACUCAACAUAAACUUCAACAUCUUUAUCUUCAACUCAACUACAUAAAAGAACUUAGAAAAGGGAUGUUUGACGGACUCCAUUCUUUGCGAGAAUUAGUGAUAGGCGUCAAUAUGAUCCACACGAUAGAUAACUAUGUGUUUUCAGAGACACAGUUGGUGAAUCUACAUUUAUUCCACAACAAGCUGACAUCGCAUGGACUUGGAGAACACCCAUUUGCCACAAGAAACAAGUCACUACAGCUCGUAUCUUUAUACCGCAACUACUUCGACAAAAUCUGCAAUUCUGCUUGGCAAGAUUUAGGACAGAAUUGCAACGUAUCAUUGGAUAACACACUCAAAGUGGUACCCUUCACAAGAGUGGACCUCAACAUUGAUUUAGUUGGACGUUGGUAUGCUACGUCAAUAAUAGUUGGGCGAUCCACCAGUAAAGCAAUGAAUCAAUGUGGAUUCAGCUGCAAACAUCUGGAGAAUGUGAAAAAUACAUUUAAUUGUACAUCGUGCUCUCAAGGUACCUAUGGAGGAGUGUUUGGUGGGUGUAAGCCCUGCCCUCCAGGCGGAUUUUACCAGGACAGCACCGGAUCAGUUGCCAAUCGACGCACUGGUAUGAAUUGCAAGCAAUGUAAUAAGGGUACUUACGUCCCACAAAAUAAACACCCUGGGAAAACUAUCGGUGAUUGCACAGUAUGUCCAACAGGCACCAAUAAGAGUUUUCAUGCAGGAUACCGAGCAUGUCCCUGUGCGUCCAAUCACUAUCGUAAACACAGGUUCGGUCAAUGUUUUUCGUGUCCCAAAAAAGGAAUCGACUGUACGGGAGAAUAUCAGCAUCUUCUGCCAGGAUUCUGGUGGACAUGGGACUGGGGUCCAGCUGACAACUAUCAGUCCUACAAGAAAUUUGUCAAAAAUUUACUCACCUGCAAUGAUAGCUAUGACAGGCACACUGAAAGUUUUGAUGGAAUGUUACCAAAAGUUCAUAAAUGUCCUACCUCCGAAUCGUGUAAGAAUCUUGCAGCUGGAAUAAACGCAACGUGUGAUGAUGGUCAUGCCGGUUUCCUGUGUACACAAUGUCAAGCAGGCAGUUAUGCUUGGCUGGAUAAAUGCUUUGAAUGUCCAGGGAUUUGGGCGUUGAUACUGGAAGUCUUGGCAGUUCUUGUCAUCCUUGCAGUUUUGCUCAUAAUUGUCUUACUAGAACUCAGACGACACAAACGAAGUGGUCGAUCACUCAUUAGCGUUCUGUUCUCUCGGUUCAAAAUCCUACUAGGCUUUUAUCAAAUCAUGGGUGAGAUAUUCGAAGUGAUGAAUGAACUUUCCUGGCCAAAGUCACUGGUAAAACUUGGUUCCUUCUUGCAAUUAUUGGAGGCCAAUUUGAUGCAGGUGAUUGUCAGUCCUCGAUGUUACUUUCCCGAUUUCACCUAUCCCAAUGUUUACAUCGCAUUCAUUGCUGGUGCGUCGUUCUCGGUUACUGUGAUAUUGUCAGGAUUGGGCAUUUAUGGUUUUAGGCAAUUCCAUCUGCGGGUGAGGAGUACACCGGAUGAGGUUCGCAAACAUACGCUGGCUAAAACAAAUGAGAGAAUUCUCUUGGCUGUUGUCAUUCUGUUGUUUGUUGCAUACCCAAGCUUAUCAGCUGUCAUCAUUAGCUUACUGCCUUCGGGAUGUGUCACAUUCUCAUUGAAUGAAAAUGAAAAUGUUACCGUUACUCGGCUCAGAUCCGACUACUCCGUUGACUGUAACAGUAGUCAACAUGUUGCAUUUAACUACGCUGCCGAGGUUUCCGUGUCUUAUGUCGUUGGUUUCCCGACUGUAUUACUUAUCAUGUUGUGGUUACAUCGUCGUAGACAAGCAUCGAAGAAAAACGGUCAUCAGCUUGAAACUGCUGAUAUCCAGGCACACGGUCUCGUUGACCAGCAGCCUUUACUUGAUACUGACGACACGGGCCCGUCUUGCAGUUACCAUACUGCCAGUCAUGCAGAUCAGACUCAUCCUAGUGAUUCACUACAUAUGGAAGAUGAAGAAAUUGCACAUAUCGGUGAUUCUCUUGAACGACUUAGCUCCGAAUUACCUCUUAAAGAAUUAAUCGAAGUAAGCUCAGAAAGCAUUACCUGGGUGAGUUUCCUGGACGAGAACUACAAGGAGCAAUAUUGGUAUUGGGAGAUAGUAGAACUAGCUCGCAAAGUCCUCCAAGUCCUGUUCGUUCUGUUAUUCGGUGCGGAUGAUCAAUUCAUUCUCUUUGCGACCAUUAUCGUAUCUGUUGCCUUUCUAAUCGCCCACGCUUACUUGAAGCCAAUGAAGGAUGCCGCAGAGCACCGUAUUCAGAUGUGGUCCUUGACUACCAUCUUUUUGAAUCUACUGGCGGCAUCCUUGCUUGUAUUACCCAGCGAAGAUGGCCAUACCGAUGACAGUGAUGCAAGGAAGGAAUUUCUGGCAGUAUUUCUUGUCCUGCUUAACAUCAGCAUCUUUGUAAUCGUGGCAGUGAGUUCCAUCCACGUGUGUCUGAAGGUUCUAUCCCAAACGGCGUGUUGUAGCUACACUGCAGCAUGUUUCUGUCACAUACGUCGUUGUCUUGCACCAAGCCAUCAUCGCACACAGGAGAAACAUCGCGACGAUACUGAGCCAACGACAACUCUGAUAAGUGGAGUACCUAUUGAAGAUCGGAGAAACAAUAACGAGUGCCGUACUGUCUAGGAAUUGCAUUGUAUUUUCCCCUCCAACAUCGAAAAAAUGAUGAAUUGAGAAUAACUAG